AAGAUGAUACUUCUGAUGCUGGAGGUGGCGGCGGGUCUUCAGAAAAAUUCCAUAACCCCGCUUCGAUACGAGCAGCAGCUGCAAUUCUUGCUUUUUUAGCCACAGCUUUAUCAAUAUUCUCGGUUUGGUCUCACUUCAAACAUUAUAGAAAACCGUCCCUACAAAGAUAUGUAGUGAGAAUAAUUAUAAUGGUGCCGAUUUACUCAAUAUCAUCGUAUAUAAGUUUGGCAUCAACUAAUGCAGCACUAUACGUUGACGGUAUAAGAGAUAUAUAUGAGGCAUUUGUAAUAUAUUGUUUUUUCAACUUACUCGUGAAUUACUUGGAUGGGGAAAGAUCGUUGUUGAUCUUAUUACAUGGUCGCCCUCCAACGCCUCAUCUUUUCCCAAUCAAUAUAUUCGUAAAGGAUAUGGAUAUUGGAGAUCCUUACGCUUUUUUGUUUGUUAAGCGUGGGAUUCUUCAAUACGUUUAUUUGAAACCGAUCCUGACAGUCCUUACAAUGAUAUUAAAGUGGGCUGACACUUACGAAGAAGUUAUUUUCUAUGUUUGUACAAAGGAUGACUUGAUGCCAUAUCGGUAA